AAAACAAUUCAGCGAUGAUGCCUGAGAACUUUACUAUACAUAGGACCAUGAUGAUCCCUGGUGAGCCUCAUGCAGAGCAUGCUGGAGAGAACGAGGAGGUCUUUAGUAGAAUGAGGGAACCCAUCAAGUAUCCUGAGCACGUUAGUCACCAGGUGAUUCAGAACUUUCAACAGCCUUUUGAAUUUAGUGAACAAGGAAAAGUUGUGAGUGAAGAAACAAUAUUUACACCUAGAGGAGCCCUUCCAGAAGGGCUGCCUGUAAAUGCAAUGAGUGCAGGGACACCCAUGAUGAGGUACCUUUCGUUGUCCGAGACAGAACCCAAGGAGAACAGACUCGCUGCAGUUGUAAUGAAAAGGGGAGAGCUGCGGAGAUGACUCCAGUGCAUUUGAAUCCUCCUAGGUAUGUUGAACAUGAGCAUCAGGAAUUUUAUGAAAGUGGGGCCAGUCUCAGCAACACAUUUCACACCUAUCCGCGUGAGAGUACCCAGUUGGGACAGAAUAAUUUUGGAUAUAAGAGAUACGGUGAAGCGGCCUCUAAAACCUCUGUUCUGACUGAACAUCAGAAAACACAAGCAGAUGAUCAACCUGAUGACUGUGGGGGCACCUCUGAGAUUUCCUUACAGAGGGGAUACCAGAGAAAUCUCACUGCAGUGAAGUUGUUUGGCUCUAACGAUUAUGUGAAAACUUACUCAUGGAAGACUGCCCUCACUUUACAUCCACAAUCUCAAACGGGAGUGAAGCGCUACCCGUGUCAGAUAUGUAAGAAAACUUUCAGGUGGAAAACUACUUUUAGUGUCCAUCGGAGAACUCAUACAAGGGAGAAACCCUAUGAAUGUCAGGCGUGCAGGAAAGUGUUCUCCUGUAAGUCAGUUCUUGUUCUACAUGAGAGGACUCACACUGGAGAGAAAUGCUAUGAAUGUGAAGGGUGUGGGAAAGCUUUUUCCAGGAAGUCUCACCUUACUGAGCAUCAGAGAAUUCACACUGGAGAGAAUCCCUAUGAAUGUCAAGAGCAUACGAAGACGUUCCCCUGGAAAUCAUCCCUCCCUCACCAUCAGAGACGUCACACAGGCGAGAAACCCUAUAAAUGUGAAGGGUGUGGGAAAGCUUUUUCCAGUAAGUCUUACCUCAAUGAGCAUCAGAGAAUUCACACUGGAGAGAAGCCUUAUGAAUGUGAAGAGUGUAGGAGAAUUUUCUCCUGCAGAUCGUCCCUCAUUCACCAUCAGAGAAGUCACACUAGAGAGAAACACUAUGAAUGUCAAGCAUGUAGGAAAGUGUUCUCCUGUAAGUUAGUUCUUGUUCUACAUAAGAGGACUCACACUGGAGAGAAACCCAAUGAUUGUGAAGAGUGUGGGAAAGCUUUUUCUAGAAAGUCAUUCCUCAGUCAACAUCAUAGAAGUCACACUGAAGAGAAACCCUAUGAAUGUGAAGGGUGUGGGAAAGCUUUUUCCAGUAAGUCUUACCUCAGGGAGCAUCAGAGAAUUCACACUGGAGAGAAGCCUUAUGAAUGUCAAGAGUGUGGGAAGACAUUCCCCUGGAAAUCAUCCCUCAGUUACCACCAGAGAAGUCACACUGGAGAGAAACCCUAUGAUUGUGAAGGGUGUGGGAAAGCUUUUUCCAGUAAGUCUUCACUCAAGGAGCAUCAGAGAAUUCACACUGGAGAGAAACCCUAUGAUUGUGAAGGGUGUGGGAAAGCUUUUUCUAGUAAGGCACACCUCAUUAGACAUCAGAGAAUUCACACUGGAGAGAAACCCUAUGAAUGUGAAGGGUGUGGGAAAGCUUUUUCCAGUAAGUCAAACCUCAUUAGACAUCAGAGAAGUCACACUACAGAGAAACCCUAUGAGUGUCAAGAGUGUGGGAAGACUUUCUGCCAGAAAACAUCCCUCAGUAUACAUCAAAGAAGUCACACUAGAGAGAAGCCUUAUGAGUGUCAAGAGUGUGGGAAAAUUUUUUCCAGUAAGAACACUCUCACUGGACAUCAGAGAUGUCAUGGACAAAAUCCCUAUGAUUGUGAAGAAUGUGGGAAAACUUUUAAGGAAGUCAGCCUUCAUAGGCAUGACAAAAUCCACACUGGAUGGAAAUGCUGUGAAUGUCAAGAGUGGACAGGCAGGCCUCCCCUGGUGGUGCAGGUGGUUGUGCGCAGCACUGUGAAGCUGUCCGUGGCCUUUGCGGUGGGAGUUUGAUUCCCUGGCCGGCCAGGAGCAACCCCAUGGUGCGGCAGACCUCUCCCGUCUGGCCCGCUGCGUGUAUUUCAGCAGUGAAUUUCGGUCAGUCUGCCUGUUCUGUUCCCCGCUCUGUCUCUGGUGCAUCCUCUCACCCUCCCACACAUCUGGCCUGUACCCUGAUUCUGGUAUGCUUGAAUAAAUAAAAUCUUUAAAAAAAUAUUCAAACUUAGGAGCUCAAACCACAUCAUUCAGUUGAGAGCAAUGGGAACUGACAUACAGUUUCACUCCUAAUUGCGUGGAGUUACCUGGUUCACUCUUCUCCCAAGUUCAUGCAGUGAUGAUGUUCCUGUUGCUGUUGCUUCUAGUAUCCUCUUAAGUUCCUGGGCGAUGCUAUUCAUGUCCACGGUAGCUGUCUGUCUACAUGGCACAUUGCAUGUUGCGUGGAUGUCCAUACUGUGGAUCACCUGACUCAGGACAGCCCUGCAAAUCUGGGCAGACAUGUGUGGCAAGUUCUUACCGCCAGCAGCAAAAUACCAUCCAACGAGAGAGCUGACUUAAUGGAAAAAAAGCAAUUUGGACUCAAUUCAUUGUUUGAACCAUAGUAUCAAAAAUGAAAACAAUUCAGCAAUGAUGCCUGAGAACUUUACUAUACAUAGGACCAUGAUGAUCCCUGGUGAGCCUCAUGAAGAGCAUGCUGGAGAGAACGAGGAGGUCUUUAGUAGAAUGAGGGAACCCAUCAAGUAUCCUGAGCACCUUAGUCACCAGGUGAUUCAGAACUUUCAAGAGCCUUUUGAAUUUCGUGAACAAGGAAAAGUUGUGAGUGAAGAAACAGUAUUUACACCUAGAGGAGCCCUUCCAGAAGGGGCUGCCCGUAAAUGCAAUGAGUGCAGGAACACCCGUGAUGAGGCACCUUUCGUUGUCUGAGACAGAACCCAAGGAGGACAGACUCCCUGCAGUUGUAAUGAAAAGGGGAGAGCUGCAGAAAUGACUCCAGUGCAUUUGAAUCCUCCUAGGUAUGCUGAACAUGAGCAGCAGGAAUGUUAUGAAAGUGGGGCCAGUCUCAGCAAUACAUUUCACACCUAUCCGCGUGAGAGUACCCAGUUAGGACAGAAUAAUUUUGGAUAUAAGAGAUAUGG